UUCAACGGUGAUGGACGUAUAGUUUUUUCGCAGUUCGGUUUGCAUGGAGGAAGAAUAAUAUACUGUUCGCAAUUAUUUUUUUUUGUUUUACCCUCCGCGUCGUCACUAUUUCUCCGUCAGAAAGCAUUCCUUGUUACGUGAAAAUGGUUGCGUGAAAAUGCGAUGCUCUUCGGAGGUGAAAUUUGAUGGUAUCGAAAAGUAAAAAUGUUCCUGUGCAUAGUUGACAAACUGUGAUCAAUAAAUUGUCUGCCCUUGUCGCAGAUUUUUACGCGAUACUCACUUGAGUAGUGUUUUUUUUUAUUGUAUGCCGUUCGUGACAAAUCGAUGUUGAAGUUUUUGUAUGUUUACCUGGAGCGAUGAUCAGUUUUCCUUUGAUCAAUCAGUAGCUACAUAAUGCAUCUUUGAAAAUAGCUGUGGAUGGUCACCGAAUUGUUAUACCUGUCGCAUAAGGAGAGUGUGAAGCCUAUAUAAAGAAGAGAGUGUAGUGUAGUUUUGUUCAAGAAUUUAACCCAAUGGAUACCUCAUCGAAAGAUGCGGAAAUGAACGAAAAUCAAGAUUUGGAUCCGAGAAUCCAGGUUGAACUGGAAAAUCUCAACACGGCUACAGAUGAAAUCAACAAACUGGAAAUAGAACUAGAGGAGGCGAAAUCCACUUUUCGGAUAUUGAUGAACGAAUCUACCCGGCGGCUCAAAUUGUCUUCCAAGAAACUCGGCAGCUGCAUCGACAAAGCGCGACCGUACUACGAGGCACUGGAAAAGGCCAAAGCUGCCCAGUUGCAAUGUCAGGCAGCUGCUAUCAAGUACCAGCGGGCGAACGAGAUUCACGCAGCGGCCAAAGAAACGGUCGCCCUAGCGGAGCAGCGCUUUCUCAGUAACUCACAGGAAUGGCAGUUUGAUAAUGCCUGGCAGGAGAUGUUGAAUCAUGCCACCAUAAAGGUCACGGACGCAGAAAAGCAGAAGACAGAAAGUGGAACCGAACAUCAGAAGAAAGCAAAAAUUUUUCAGGAAGCAGAACUAAAAGUACAACAACUGGAAGAGCGCAGUCGGCGCAGCAUCCAAAAGUCACGGCCAUAUUUCGAUGAGAAACAACUGUGUCAAGAGCAAUUGGAAGCCCAGAAAGGACGCAUUCAGCAGUUGGAGGAUCAAAUUUCUGCCGCUAAAUCCGCUUACGGGGCUGCGCUUCGCAAUCUAGAACAAAUCAGUGAAGAAAUUCAUAAACAGCGUGGCGAUCUCAGCAUGGUGGCUCCAUCGGGACCCAGAGAACCGGGAGUGGGUGCCGAGUUGUCCAAUUUACCUCCAUCAGCCUCAUCUGUGAAAUUGACUUCACCUAGUGCCAGUAGUAGCAAAUACAUCACUUUCAGCAGUAAUAUGCCCGACAUAUCGACUGAGCUGGAUAAGUGUGAGAUCCAUUCGGUAGAAAGCACAUCGCUAGCCACUAGUUCAGCUGUUAGCGAAAAGGACCCUAACGAUGACUAUAUGAACGAUGCGGAUCUGAAUCUGGAGCUACUGCGGCAAAAGGUUAAAACACUGGCCGUUCGUCCGGUUGAGGGAGGUGAUGGUCAACAGCAAGAGCAAGAGGUUUGGGAACACGAACUAAAUGCCACCGUGGACAAGCUGGAUCAUUUGAUGAUGUUGAGAGAGUACUCUAGUCGUGGUUCUAGCAUCAUGUCUCCCAGCGAAAAUGGUCAAUCUCUCUAUACCAGUUUGCCAACGACGCCCAAGCACCAGCAAAUGUCACCGGUGCUAGCGGAAAAGCAGAAAAUAAAAAUGUUCAAGAAACUCGAUCCUCUGCCACUCGCGAAUGUCUCAAUGUAUGCGCUUCCAACCUAUCUUGGUUGUAGUGGACUGACUAUGCCAGUUUCUGCCGGACAGCCCGACAUGAUCACACCUUGUAACGAACCCGCCCCUCCAGUGGCUGGGUACAAGAGCAAACGAAAGAUGUCCAUGUAAAAUUUGGUGCCAGUAAAUGCGAACAAAACGGUUGUGUGAGUACAGCGAGAGUAGAAUGUUUUCUGAGCCAUGCUUCCAAGUCCUUUCAGGAUCUGGGGUGAACAAUUUCAGAUCGUGUGUAUUCAAAAGUAUUUUCGCCAUUAUUUGUGUUUUUCGUGUUUAUUUUCUACGUUUUACUAGAAAUAACUAAAAGCCAACCACAAAACUGAAAUAGUAGAUAGAAUGUAACAGAACAAAAAAUCAGACUCGUUUGAAAAUGUUGAAAGAUGCAAUUCGUACUUUUGUACGUUAAUAUUUUCUUGCAUUUUACAUUGGGGUUCAAAUAACACUCAAUUUAUCUUAUAGCGAUUGCUAACUUAUUCUUUAAUUUUUUUAUCUAUUUGUGAUUCAUUAUAAGAUGGCUUUAAAUAUGUUUUUUCCUUAUUGCAUUUUAAAUUCCAACACGAAUACUAUUUAUCUAUCACAAAAACUACGGAGAGAAUGAUCUAAUUUAAACGUAUAUUUUCUGUGAAUUUUUUCAUUAAAAGAAAAGUUAUCAGAUUGAGAAUCAGAUUAACACAAAAUAUAUUUUCAUAUUUAUAAUGUUGAAGAUUCGAGAAUAUAUAAAUUGACUGUGCAAAGAGCUUUGUGUUUGAUCGAAAACGAAGGGAAAACAAAAAGUUUAAUUGACUUUACAAACAGAUUUCGAAUCAGUUAUAGUUGGAACCAAUAUGCACAUCACACUAUGUUAAGUACAAAACUAAAAGUGUAUACUUAACUCAUAAACAAGUGUUUAUAAUUACUACCAAACUCGAUUAUGUAGUCAAUGUUCAAUUCUAUAAUGAUGUGUUUUCGAAAAGGUUGAGGAAUGCUAUUUGAGUUGUUCAACAGCUACGAAAUUAUGAUUACCGUGCAAUGGUAAAACGUGAGACAGUUCAGAAUAAAAUUGAUCUGGAAGAACAUUUCUAGCAAACGUAGUUAGAAAGGCUUAAGCUACGGACAUAUGAUGUGGUUUUAUUGUACAUAAUGGUAGAAAACGAUGACCAGAAGGUGUGGUCAUUAUAAAUAGCAUUAUUUUAAGCAGGAGGAAACAACCGUAAUUUAAUUUAGCUCGAAAACAUCCUGAUAGAUCUAGAAGCAUCAGCUAAAUAUAGUUGAUAAUUGUUCUCUAAAAUUUGAGUACGUUUUCCGAAUCAAGAAAGGCGUGUACGUAGCGUGCUGACAAGUUUAAAUAAUAAUAAAUAUUUAAAAUAGAAUAAA